CGCAAGCCACGCACUCCGACACAGCGACGAAAGGCCGGCGGCCAUCUUUGACGUUUCUGAAGCAGCCACUUUCAAGGCUCUAGGAAAGCUCAAUUGCAUUUGCGCAAUAUGUCAUCGAUGAAGUCGUGCGUAUCUGGGUCCCAGCGAGUCCAGCACGCUCGCAGCCGGAAUGCUUCGCUGUUCCUCGGGCGUCGGCCAAUUACAAUAAGGGCUGCAUACGACGUGGAGGUGGAGCCGAUGCCGCCGCGUGCACCCAACAACGCGCCGCGCUUUGGCGGCUCGCCCCCGCCUCCUCCCCCGCCUCCGCCGCAGCCCACGCGCACUUCAUUCCAACCGCCGACGCGGCGUGAGCUGCUGUUUGGCGCCCUGGGCCUGGGGCUGGGCAUCGCCGGCACCACCGCCUAUGAGAACCGCCCGUUGGAUCCCGAGGAGGUGGACGAGCGCCUGACCUCCAUCCUGGACGAGCUGCUCGACGACGAGGCGCUGCUCAACGUGCUGGGCGAGGAGAUCAUGCUCAACAAGGGGCUGGCGGACCAGGCGGACGCCGUGAGCGCGCUGGAGGGCCUGAAGCAGGUGGAUGACGCGCUGGGCGACCUGAUCCGGGAGGCGGAGGCGCGCAAGAAGUAAUGGAGCGAUAUUGCGUGAACGACUGGGCACGUGGGCUACUGGGCACGUGAACUAUCCGGGCCGUGGACCACUGGGCAGAGCGCCUUGGCUCAGAGCCGGGCGGCAGAGGCGUGCACGGAGAGCGGAAAGCAUCAACGUGGGGAGAGGCACAAUCCAUGGCAAAAGUGCACAACACCAAGCCUGGACUCCAUCGCUGUGGCGAUGGCGCCGUGGCGUAGUGGCGGCGAUGGUGUGCCGCCGCCAUAAGAGCGAUUGGGGCAUGGGGUGAAGGCUGCGCAUUGAUUGAAGGCGCGGCAGCAGUAAAAUGACUGGGUGGAAUGGAGGGUACGGCGCCGCGCCGUGUCGUAGUCGCGAGAUUGGCGAAAGCGCGCCGUGCAUGACGACAGCAGCUCAGGCGUUUGUGUAAAAUAGGGGGUCGUACGUUCAGGUACUCCCGAGAACACUGCAAUGCGAAAUGCCUUGGUGACUGAAGCGAGGCAAGUCAGUGACGCUUCUUGCUGCCAACGUGCAAGCAGUAAUGGGCGGGCUCUUGACAUGCACUUGACAUGCAGGAUGUGGGGAUGGCAGGCCAAUAACGGGAAGGCCUAGCAGCUCAACGGCAAUGUGUGCGGUAUGAAUGUGUUAGUAGGCAGCCCGCUCUUGCUGUACACGUGUUAGCUGAUCAUGGGAGCUGCACACAAGGCAUGUAAGAUUUCGAUUUG